AUGGCCGCCACACAAGCCACCACGGCCGACGAGCUGUUCGCCGAGCUCAACCGCACCCCGCUCUUCAUGACGCAGCUGGACGCCAGCGACGGCGCGGGCGGCGAAAACGUCGAGCUCGAGGCCUUGCGCGCGCUGGCAUACGAGGGGACCCGCGCGGAGGUGGCGGCCAAUUUCCGGGAGCAGGGGAACGAGUGCGCGAGGAUGAAGCAGUGGGCUGAUGCAAGGGAGUAUUAUGGCCGCGCUGUUAAGGCGUUGGAUACGGCGAGGGAGAGCUUUGAGCAGGAGGGAGUGGGGGCAGAGGCGGAGGCAGAGGUGGAAAUGGAACUAGGGCCGGGUGGGGGGGAGAGGAAGGUCGUGGAUCUGGAGGAGGAGGACAAGAAGGAGAAGGAAACGCGCGAAGCCUGCCUCGUCAACCGCGCGCUCUGCAACCUCUCGCUGCGCAACUACCGCGCCACCAUCACCGACACCAAAGCCGCGCUCCGCCUCAACCCCGCCAACAUCAAGGCCUGGUACCGCGCCGCGAGCGCCUUUCUCGCCCUCGACAAAACACCCGAAGCAGCCGACACGUGCGCGCGCGGCCUCGCCCUCGACGAAGCAAACGCCCCGCUCCUCGCCCUCAAAGAGAAAAUCGCGACCCGCGCCGCCGCGCUCGAAAAGGCGCAGAAGGCGCGCGAGCAGCGCGAGGCCCGCCGCAGGGCGGAAGAGGCGGCGCUGGCGCUCGCGCUCAAAGCACGCAAGAUACGCACGCGCGAGACGGGCGCCGACCCGGACACCGCGGACGCCAAGAUAUCUCUCGCCGACCCCGUCGACGCGGCCAGCAUUCUUUCCCUGCCCGUCCUCCUCCUCUACCCACUGCACGCGCAGACGGACCUGGUGCAAGCGUGCGCGGAGACAGACUCUUUGGGCCAGCAUCUCGAGUACAUCUUGCCGGUGCCGUGGGACGAGGCGGGGGAGUACGGGCGUCUGGAGGAGGGCAAGGUCGAGUGCUAUCUUGAGACGGGGGCGGGGGGGAUCGUCAAGGCGGGCUUGAAGGUGCCGUUGGGGAAGGUGUUGGGUGGGGGGCAGGUGGAGGUCGUGGAUGGACUUGUGAGGGUGAAUGUGGUGCCGAAGAGUCGGGCGGGGGAGUGGAUUGCGGAGGUGAAGAGGCGGAAGGGGUUGUAG